AUGCUCCCCAUCACCGAAUUUCAGUUUGCGUUCUGUGGGAUCGCAACCUUUGCGGCCACAUUCGGCUACGCUUGCGCUCGUAGAGCCUCCUCCCUGGGCGCGCAACCAAGCCACGUCGAUGUCGAACCCGAGGAGAAGUCUCUCAAGCGUAAGCUCGAUGAGUCUGAUGCCGAAUCCGAGGGAGAGCAGGAGAGACCCGUCAAAAGGAGCAGAACACCUCCCAAUGACCACGAGGAGGAAGAGUGGGAAGUUGUCGUUCCACCUCCUUCAUACCAAGAGGCCCAGAACGCGGCACCCCAUCCUGAACCAGCUGUUCGACAAGAACUACUCACUGCUGCUCAAGUCGGGGCCGCGCAAGUCGAAGAAGUUGCUGCAAGCGCUAAUGAGCCCGCUCCAGAAGCGCAUAUUACGGCGGCUACAAUUGUUAGCGAAAAUGUUCAGCCGGCCGAACCACAGACGGAGGUCGAGUCACAAUCUAAGCAUCCUGAGAACCCGUCUCAUUCAGUGAGGGACGACGAACCCAGCGAGCCUCGCCCCGUUAUGCCGCCGCCGGCUCCCAAGCCAGUUAUUCGUAGGCCGAAUGCUUCUGCAUUCUCAUCUUUCGCAAACACCAAAUCUCCUUUCGCCAAGUAUUCCAAUACUCCCUUCCCGUCAUCUACAUUGACAUCUACACCUGCCUGGCGAUGCGGCGAAACCCGUACCCCAGGUCUCCCUGCUGAAUUCGCACCUGCGCCGUGUCCGAAUGACAAUGCGCUCUCACCGUCUCCAAACGAGGUUGCUGAGACGUCUUCAGCCGGUGCUCUAGGGGACCGUGCGCAGGCAUCCACAGCACCCAAAGCAUCCUCACUUGUAACCGGUGAAGAAGACGAAUCCGUCUCCGCCGAGCUUAAAGGCGUCAAACUCUUCAUAAAGCGCGGGCGCAAAGAUUUCACGGAUGGUAACUUUGGGCAUAUCAAAGUCCUGACCCAGAACGAACGCACACGCCUGCUAUUCAGACGGGACCCCCUUGGCCAGGUGUCCAUGAAUGUGGCCUUGCGGCCUGCAGUGCGGUGCCAUUAUGAUGCAGGGGAAAAUAUUCUCCGGGUCGUGCUGAUGGAGCAGGUUGCCGUUGAGGGGAAGGAGCCGAAGGACGAGGUUGCGAUCUAUGCCCUCAAGCCGGGGCGUGCAUCGAAGGCAGACUUCAAGGUUUUUGCUGAAACGCUCUGUGCAAACGAUCGUCUCAAAGCAGCGUCUUAAUACUCCCCUCCCCUCGGAGGUCGAUGACAGAUGUCAUGCCGCAAGAUGCUGGCCAUCUUCUCUGGGACGCAAUAGGCGUUGGGGUAGUGAGGUUGUAUGACAGGAGGUCAACAACUCUGGCGCUUGUGAAAUUGGCCUUCGUCAGUCAAUGGCCUCAGCAAGCCCAGACCACUGAACAUUAUGGAUAUCCCGACACUGCAUAUUGAAUACCCACUAAAGAUUGUACAAACUUUCGCUCGUGUUGCAUUUGCAACACCUUAUCUAGGUCCAACGAUGGGAGUUUGUACGUCUACUAUAGAAUCAUGAU